ACAUGAACGGGAAAAGUCCCUGCAAAUUUCCACCACGGAAAGGAGAAAUCCGAAUAAAAUAAAAGGUCUUGUACCCAGAGAACUCACCCCUGAAUGUGCAAAGGAGACAACUUUGAUUCAUCAUGGCGCUUCUUGUUCCAGGUGGGUGUGCAAGAUUGAGGCCGUCGAGCUCUUUGCGAGUAACGAAUCGGAGAUUCGCUGCGCCCGCUGCUCUAUCGACGCCCCAAAAGGAUGCAGCGGCCUCGGUCGAGGCCACUUCGAGCUUCUUCGAGCAAGACUCCAGACCCAUCAUGUUGUUCGAUGGGGUGUGCAACUUAUGCAAUGGAGGUGUGAGGUUUGUUCGAGCGAAUGACAGAAAUAGGAGAAUCAGGUUCGAAGCACUGCAGAGCGAAGCGGGAAAGAAGCUCUUGAGGAGAUCUGGAAGAGAUCCGGACGAUAUAUCAAGCGUCGUGCUUGUCGAGAAGGAAAGGUCAUAUAUCAAAUCGGAUGCUGUGUUGAAGAUAAUGGAGUAUAUCAACUUACCCUUCCCUCAGCUGGCAUUUUUCUUGCAGUUUGUUCCCAUAUUUUUACGGGACUUUUUAUAUGAUAACGUGGCGAACAACCGCUAUGCAUUUUUUGGCCGCUCGGAGUCGUGCGAGAUAUAGGCCUGUCGAGUUGGUGUGCAAGUGAGAGGGUGAGCUCGUGUUCGGACUUGACCUCGUCAAAUGCUUAGAGCGUUUAAGAGAAGCAUGCGGAUUGAUACACAGAAUCUUCAAGCUGCGGAUUGAAGAAAUUGUUCCUGUCCUCCCUUAUUUAGCUACAAACAGUGGUCGAAAUGUUGUGGCUUGUAUACAGAUUGUAUAAAGUAAUAGUCGAUGUUGAGAGAGGCACGUCCAGUUUCUGCAUCUGCAGCUCCCUAAUGGAAUAACGUUUGUAAUGAAAUUGUCAAUUGCAUUACAAUUGCCAGCGAGGAAUCAAGGAUA